GAUAGUGAUAGUUUUGAAACCUUUGUUUAGUUUGUAUGAUAAAAUUGUGAAUGUAUUUCAUUUGAUUGACUUAUAUUUGUAAAUGUGCAUCGAUUUCAAUGUUAAUCUACCGACGCUGGUGUCCUUUCUACUUCUAUAUUCUUUGAAAACUGGCUGCAUUGUUAUUCUAAUAUGGACUUUGAUACGAUCCCUUUCCUUGCUGAUGUUCUUCGUGCUUGCGAUGAUGGAUACCUUCCUGCCAGUCUCCCUGUCUGUAACAGCCAUGCUCCUGACGAAGACCCCGCCAGAUGAUGAGCACUACUUCCCCGUGUUCACUGGCUACCUCAUAAUGAUUGUUACUGAGAGCUUCCUCUUCAUAUUCACCAUAGUUUUGGGAUCAGGAAUAUAUUCUCGCAACCCGUUCCGUGUCGGCCAAUUCUUAAUAUGCAGGUUUUUCUGCUGGAUCAGUGAGACGACCUUCCUGUCCAUGCUCUGUAUCGUGCACCUGCACCUCAUCGGCUGGUACCUGGUGUUUCUCAUGGUUAUCAUCUUAGAGUUUUACAACUUCAUCGUAGUCUACAGUUACUACAUGGACUUGAUGGAAGAGUAUCAGGAAAGGGAGAUUGAGGAGAGAGCAAAAGAAAAAGCAAAGUUUAUAGCAGCAGCUACAGCUGGAUGUGAUCCCAAUCAGAUCCGUGCUCUCCCAGAGCCAAAGCCAUCAAACUGCAAUGAAAUGUUAUGUACUACUUUAUAGGAUCAAGAGACAACGAGAAAGAAAGUCUACUCAAUUUUAAGUUGUACUUAAAUAUCGUGCUAUCUCUGUUAUAUUAUAAAGAAUUGAUAGGGACAGAACUAGUUUUGGGAGCGACUUAAAAUUGAGUAACGUUUGAGUAUUCGGACAUUAAUGUUAUAAUUCUGUGAAGUGUUAAUAUUGUAUUUGUGUUAGUAAAGAAAUUUCGUAGUUUA